GAAAAAACCCUAAAUUACUUCAAUAAAUCCUGCUUCUUCUUCCUCUUUUUUAUUUUUCAAUCUCUGUUCUAUUGUCAUAUUCUCAUUGAAAAGAUUUUCAAUGGAUACUGAUUUGAAGAAAUUAGAAUACCUGUCACUGUUAUCCCAUGUUUCUUCCGAGCUCCAAACCCACCUAGGAUUUGCAGACAAAGUGUUAGCCGAAUUCGUCAUAGAAUUGGGCCGUACUUGUGAUUCUUUCCCGGAAUUCGAUUCCAAACUAAAGGAAAACGGGGCUGAAUUGCCUGAUUACUUGGUCCAAAAUCUCAUUAAGAUCAUUCAUGCCUUUCUUCCGCUUCCGAAGUUGGAUAAGAAAUUUCGGGAGAAGGGCUUCAUCGGUGGUGGAAUGGGGGAACCGGAGCGUCGUGUGUACAGGGGUAGAGUUUCCAGAGUGAUGGAUAGGGGAUGUUUUGUUGUGUUGGAUGAAUUUAAUGGAAAGGAGGGUUUGAUUCAUGAAUCGGAUUUUGAUGGGAGUAACAAGGAUCUACGGAUUGGGGAGGAGGUUUAUGUAAAAGUUGUUUCUGAGUCAACUGGGAAAAAAAGGUUGAGGCUUUCCAUGAAGGAUGCUGAUCAGGAUACCGGUAAGGAUUUGGAUUUGUUGAAGAAAGCCAAGGGCAAUAAUGCUGAUUUUAUUAGUUGGUUAACAGAAAGACCCAUGACUGGGACUGGUGUUUCUGGAAUUAAGUUGAGUUCAGAAGAGAAGGACAGAGCUGAUGCAUUUUUAUCACAAAGGACGGUAAAAAGGAUGAGAAUGAGCUCCCCAGACAAGUAUGAAUUGAAUCAGUUGAUUGCUUCAGGUGUUUCGAGUGGGAGAGAGUUUCCUAGGUGUGAUGAUCAGGAGGAUGAUUCAGAGGCUGAGGAGGGGAUUGAGAUAGAGCUGAAUGAGGAUGAACCGGCCUUUUUGCGAGGGAGAACUAGACAUAGUAAUGGUGUCGAUACGUCACCUGUGAAGAUAUUUAAGAACCUAGAAGGAUCAAUGAGUCGUGCAGCCGUACUUCAAUCUGCACUCAUAAAGGAGCAGAGAGAAGUGCGGGAAGAGAAUAUGAGGAGGAUGCUCGAUUGGAUACCUAAGGAUCUUAAUCGUGCUUGGGAAGACCCAAUGCCUGAGACUGGGGAUAGGCAUUUCGCGCAGGAGCUGAGGAGUGUUGGCUCAUCUGCAUAUAACAUACCAGAGUGGAAGAAGGAUACCUUUGGGAAAUCAUUCACUUUUGAUCAAAGGACAAAGUUAUCCAUCCAGGAACAGAGACAAUGCUUGCCAAUUUACAGGUUGAAGGAGGAAUUAGUCAAGGCUGUGAUUGACAACCAGGUUCUAAUUGUUAUUGGUGAGACUGGGUCAGGGAAGACUACACAGAUAACCCAGUAUCUUGCAGAGGCUGGUUACACAGCAAGUGGGAAUAUUAUCUGCACUCAGCCACGUAGGGUAGCUGCAAUUUCCGUGGCAAAGAGGGUAGCUGAAGAGUUUGGUUGUCGUUUAGGAGAGGAAAUCGGUUAUGCUAUUCGUUUUGAGGAUUGCACUGGACCUACUACUGUGAUCAAAUACUUGACUGAUGGUUUAUUUCUCAGGGAGUUUUUGAUUGACAAUAAUCUAUCUCGGUACUCAGUCAUUAUGCUUGAUGAGGCUCAUGAGAGGACAAUUUAUACUGAUGUUCUUCUUGGCCUACUGAAGCAACUUCUACAAAGGAGAUCAGAUCUCCGUUUGAUUGUAACAUCUGCCACACUGGAUGCAGAAAAAUUUUCUGGCUAUUUCUUUAACUGCAAUAUUUUCACUAUUCCUGGAAGAUCUUUUCCUGUGGAGAUACUGUAUACCAAACAGCCAGAAAGUGAUUACCUUGAUACAGCUCUUACAACAGUUCUACAAAUACACUUGACAGAACCUGAAGGAGACAUUCUUCUCUUCUUGACAGGUCAGGAAGAAAUAGAUUGUGCAUGUGAGUCUCUUGAUACGAGGAUGAAAGGGCUGGGUAAAAAUGUUCCAGAGUUGAUUAUCUUGCCUGUAUAUAGUGCACUUCCUGGUGAAGUGCAAUCAAGGAUAUUUGAACCAGCUCCAACAGGGAAGAGGAAAGUGGUAGUGGCAACCAAUAUUGCUGAGGCCUCUUUGACUAUUGACGGAAUUUUCUAUGUCAUUGAUCCUGGAUUUAUGAAACAAAAUAUUUAUAAUUCAAAAUUAGGGGUUGAAUCUCUGAUUAUAACCCCUAUUUCACAAGCAUCAGCCAAGCAACGAGCUGGGCGUGCUGGGCGUACUGGUCCAGGAAAGUGCUACCGUCUCUACACCGAGAGUGCAUUUCAUACUGAGAUGACCCCUACUACAACUCCAGAAAUCCAAAGAGUUAACCUUGCAGAAACCAUGCUCACCCUGAUAGCCAUGGGAAUUAGAGAUCCAUUCUCUUUUGAUUUUAUGGAUAGGCCUUCAUCCCCAGCCCUCAUUUCUGCCAUGGAACAAUUGUAUAGUCUAGGUUGUCUGGAUGAAGAGGGGCUUCUGACCAAACCAGGGAGACUAAUGUCAGAAUUUCCUCUUGAUCCACCAUUAUCUAAAAUGUUGUUGGCUAGUGUUGAUCUUGGGUGCAGUGACGAGAUUUUGACUAUUAUUGCUAUGGUCCAAACUGGUAACAUCUUCUACAGGCCUAGGGAAAAACAAGCUCAAGCCGAUCAGAAGAGGGCUAACCUUUUCUAUCCAGAAGGAGAUCAUCUGACUUUACUUGGUGUUUAUGAUGCCUGGAAAGCAAAAGGAUUUUCAGGGCCUUGGUGUUCUGAGAAUUUUGUUCAGUUUCGAUCAUUGAGGAGGGCACAGGAUGUUAGAAAACAACUUCUAACCAUCAUGGAUAAGUAUAAGCUGGAUGUUGUGAGCACUGGAAAGGAUUUUAAGAAGAUAAGGAAAGCAAUUACUGCUGGAUUCUUUUUCCAUACAGCUAGAAAGGAUCCACAAGGGGGUUAUCGGAGUCUAGUUAACAAUCAGAUUGUUUAUAUCCACCCAAGUAGUGCUCUUUUCCACAGACAACCAGACUGGGUCAUCUAUCACGAGGCAGUAAUGACCACAAAGGAGUACAUGCGUGAGAUAACUGUUAUUGACCCGAAAUGGCUUGUAGAACUUGCACCAAGAUUCUUCAAAGCUUCAGAUCCAAUGAAGAUGAGAAAGCGCAAAUGUCUAGAGCACAUUGAACCACUUUAUGACAGACAUGAAACUAAUUCUUGGCACUUCAGUAGACGGCGUGCUUAGUACAUGCUUUAGCUAUUUUAAGUAUACUGGUUUUUGGAAUGCUGUAAAAUUUUUAUUUUGGUUUUUUACUAAUCUCUCUCUUAAUUUGGUCAUUCAGAUGUUUAGGAAUAUACAUCUCAACUCAACUAAGCUGCAGUGUGAAACAGGCUUGGCUUGAUUAUAAUCCUUUUUCUUCAUAUUUUUUCGCAGUGGAUCCAUGUCAGAGAGAUGGAACUGUAUCCUGCCGUCUUCCUAUAUGAAAUUAAGCCGUCACUUAAUGGACCGAAUAAAGCAAGUUCUUGCUUAUUGAAGAGAUUCUCUGUCACUGGAGAAGUAUAACCUUUGAAGUAAGACUGGAAUGUUCUAUAGGAGAAAGGAGUCUGCUUUCAUGGCAUUUGGAAAUAAGAUCGUCAAGGGGAUGACUUUGUCUUUCGAACGAAAUGAUGUUCUCCAAUGAAUAUAAAUGUUGAAUGGGUAAUUGGCAAAUAUUGUCCAGCUAGUGAUCAAGAAUCAAUGGAAGGCUCUUGUCACGAGAAUAAGCCCUGAAGUGGAGCUUAGUGGUUGGAAAUGUUCUUCAACCUUCUGAUCAGAUUAAGCAGAUUGUGUUUAUUUAUAGAUUCAUGGGUCAUUUUAAUUGUUAAUGGCUAACUAGAAUCAGGUUCUGUUCAGCAGCAAUGUUUUAAAUUAGUGUUUACUGUUAUGAGAGGUCUUUUAGUUUUUGGCUGACUGCAAUUAGAAUAGCUAAUAAUUACUAUACAAGCUAAUAACUACUAAACAAGAUAGUCUUGCUGAACAGAAUCUUAGUGUUUGUAUUUUAGUGGUUUGUAGUGUUUGGUAUUUGACAAAAAUCUCUCUAUUUUAUUUUAUUUCUGCUAUUUAAGAUCAGGAAUAUUUAUAUCUAAUAUUUGAUUAUUU